AUGGAUCAUCUUAAUGACCGUAUACGUGAUUUAGAGUUACCUUCUGGUCAUUCAUUAUUGACAUGGCGUCUUCAACAACAAGAUUCAGAACCACCUAGUAAUUACAACAGUGAUACAGAUGAACCAACACCUCGUCAACGUAAUCCACAAGAAAAAGCAAAACAAGAAGUGGUACUUGAUCAAGACUUUGCUUUUUCAAAACGAUCUGUUUCUCGCGAUGAUUUCCAAACAUUAUGUGUGUUGGGUCGAGGAGCGUUUGGUAAAGUAUUCCUUGUCAAACAUGAAAAAUCAAAGGAAUUGUAUGCUAUGAAGGUGUUGAAAAAGGCUUCUUUGGUAUUGCAUGGAAGACAGGCAACACAGGCAAAAACAGAAAGACAGAUUCUAGAAGAAGUACGACACCCUUUUAUUGUCAAGUUAUGUUAUGCAUUUCAGACACCCACUGAACUCCAUAUGAUUCUGGAUUAUGCUGUAGGGGGUGAAUUGUUUCGCCAUUUGGACCAUGAGGGUAUGUUCUCUGAAGAUAUGGUUGUGUUUUAUGCGGCUGAAAUAUGUUGUGCUUUGGAUCAUUUGCAUUCAUUGGGUAUCAUGUAUCGCGAUUUGAAGCCAGAGAAUUGUCUGUUGGACAUGGAAGGACAUAUUGUAUUGACUGAUUUUGGAUUAUCCAAAGUGGCUGUGGAUGGCAAGACAAACACGAUUUGUGGUACAGCAGAAUACAUGGCACCAGAAAUAUUGAAAGGAUUAGAAUAUGACAUCACAGUUGAUUGGUGGAGUUUGGGUAUUUUGAUUUAUGAUAUGCUCACUGGUUCACCUCCUUUUAGUUCAAGUAAUCGUAAAAAGACCAUGGAUGCUAUCUUGACAAAAAAGAUUCCAAUGCCCUAUUAUUUAACACAAGAUGCCAAAGAUAUCCUGUCUAAGUUGUUGCGUAAAAAUCCAAAUGCUCGGUUAGGUGCUAAACCCAAGAAAGCAGACGCAAUUCGCAAACAUCGCUUUUUUCGUACAAUAGACUGGAUUGCUUUAGAGAACCGUCAAUUAGAUCCGCCCAUUGUGCCUAUUGUGACGGAACCUGAAAAAGCAGAGAAUUUUGAUCCUGUAUUUACUGCAGAAGCACUUGUGGGUUCACCAGAAAAUCAUGAUGUUCAGGCCAAUAGUCAUUUUCUUAAUUUCAGUUAUGUAGAUGCAUCUAUACCAUUGUAA